AUGGUACGGCAGCAAGGCAUCGAUUCCGACAAAUACGUCUUUCUCGUGGACGUCAGGCAUCUUUGCCCUCCAUCCAACUAUGAAAGAAAAUCGGCAAUCAAUAGUCAUGCGGCAAAACGAAUGCACUUGAAGCGGAGGCAGUCGCGAAAGGAACAGCUCGGCGGAAAUGAAAUGUCUGUAUUGAUGUGGCAAGGCCUGAGACCAAGGGGUCUUAUCAAUGAAAACAGAUCUUGGUGGACGGAUACCGACUCUGGAAAUGCUGGCAUGGCAAUCAAGACUCGAACAGCUCACGGGUUGACCAAUUACAGCUCGUCAAUUCCAACAUCUUGUACAUCGAUCCAUUGCUCAGUGUCGAUAUCUCGCGGGAAAGAUCUGGAUAUAAGCCUGGCAGAGGAGCAGAAUUUUGACAAAUGUCCACUACUCAGCUCCCAAGGAUGUCUCGCCGCACUCAAAUUUGCUCAGAAUUGCUUUUCAAAUAGCUUCGCCGCUCAAAGGGAUCUAAAACGGCCUCCCUCACCUGAAGCUUCCGAAACCCAGCUGAUCCACGAUUGCGCCUUUCGAUUUUCUACAGAUUUCAAUAAGGAUGACAGAUACUCAAGAUCAGAGACAUAUCCGACUGAUAGCUCUGUUAGGCCAGGACAGGCUGGAAAGAUGAGGAUGACGCCAACAUCUCUCAUCGGAUCAGGCAAGCAUGAUCCAUUUGCUAUGUGUUCUUUCACGAGCACAAAAGAAGACUACAUGUUUUUUCAUUUCUGUGAGCAAUCUCUUCUCCACUUCUCGUUGGUGGGGACAGAAGAACUGAUAUCCACUUGGUCAGUUCACAAUACUGUCGCGGAGAUUGUUUUCGGCUACGGUCUGGCGGCACCUUUAUUCUACUUACGACUAGUGUCACAAAGAUUCAUCCACGAUGAGGCUGUCAUACAACUGACCCUGGCAUACUCGAGUUAUGCCUGGCACAACUUGUUCAGAAAAGACGAAUGCUGCGAGAGAAAGGGGCUGAUGCAUAAAAUCAAGGGUAUGGAGCUCGUCAUCAAGAAGCUGGGACAUCCACAAUCCGCCAUCUCAGACAGCACUAUUCAGGCAGCAAUUAUCUUAUCCGCAAUUGAGGUGAGUAUCAAUGCUGAAGUUCUCCGCAGAACGUACUAA